GGGGGCGGGCCGGACAGGUAUGUUCUGAGGAGCCGCGUGUGAAGGGACAGACUCUCAGACUGCAGCGCGCGGCAGACUCGGCCGCUGUCCGCUCCCGCCAGGCCCCCUCCGGAAGGUGAUCCGCGUCCGGACCCCCACACCCCCACCCCCCGGGCCAGAGGGGCACCGCCGCCUCCAGCUGCUGCGAGUCCGGAUUUACGCGCAGCUUUUACGCACGGGAGGACCCACGAGUGAUGGGCGAACCGGGACUCUGAGCUCCCGGUACCGGGACCGCGUGACUCCUCCGCUUCACCUCCUCCUCCUCCUCCAGCGCAGCAUGUUCCCGCCCGGCAGCAUCAAGAAGGGCUUCACCAUCGAGGCUCUGGUCGGGAAGGAUGCGGGCGGCCGCGGCGGCUCCGGGGACGAGCCCAUCCGGCCCACCGCGCUCCGGUUCCCGGACCCUCUGCACGCGGCCACAGCGGCGGGGGUGUUCGGCUCGUGCUUUCAGGGCGGCAGCGCGAGGACUUUGUACCCGGGCGGGCAGGACGUGGUCCUCCAGGAGCCCGGGGCGCACGCGCAGGGCCCCGGCGCGCUGCCGCUCCACGCGCUGCAGAUCCCGCAGAGGUUCUUCAGCGCGCAGCCGCGGGACGCGCUCAGCUUCUACCCGUGGGUUCUGCGCAGACACAUCCUGGACCCCCGCUUCCAAGCAGAGGACAGCAGCCCGGAGAACCUGCUGCUGCACGGCCCGUUCUCCAGGAAGCCCAAGCGGAUCCGGACGGCGUUUUCGCCCUCGCAGCUGCUGCGGUUGGAGCGAGCCUUCGAGAAGAACCACUACGUGGUCGGCGCUGAGAGGAAGCAGCUGGCCAGCGGGCUGUGCCUGACCGAGACGCAGGUGAAGGUGUGGUUCCAGAACCGCAGGACGAAGCACAAGCGUCAGAAGCUGGAGGAGGAGUCUCCGGAGGCGCAGCAGAAGAGGAAGGGCAGCCAACACGUCAGCCGCUGGAGAGCGGCCACGCAGCAGGCCGCCGGCGAGGACGUGGACGUCAUCAGCGACGACUAGCGUCUGCGCAGACAAGCAGUCAGACACGCAGUCAGACACGCAGUCGGCCCAGUUGGAGAUCAGAGAACUGUCAGCUCAGAACAGACAGAACCGGGUCCAGAACUUCAAACACAAACCAACAUGUGGAAGAGACUCCAUGAACCGGAUCUCUGCAGAAAUCUGGACGUUCCUCAUUUCCUUCCAGUUCUCUGAAGAGAACAUAUUUAUUUUAGAACGGUUCUGCUUCCUCUCUCUGGAGUUUCCUCAGAGACCUCCAGAGGGAGAAGAAGACGCUGAACUCUGGUCAGACUGGACCUGCUGACCUGGACUCUUCAGGAGGAGAUCCGGACCUCCUCUCUCCUGAUCUCCUCCAUCUGAAGGCGUCUGCAGGGAACCAGUGAGCAGAACUUUUCACCCGAUUCUGAUGAUGUUUAUGAGGAGGCAGGAGAUGUUUGAAGGUCACAGGAGCUCUGAUCUCCUCCUGACUCUGAUCUCCUCCUGACCACCUCCUUUGGACCUCCUCUGAGCCUCCUGAGGAAAAGACGCUGGAGGUGUUUUCAAAUCCUGCAGUUCCAACGGCUUCUCACGUAGGGGGCGCUGUAGUCUGAAAGCAACUCUGACCAGCACAGAAUGAAAUCAGGGAGAAGAAAGGCGUCCUCCUGUGUAGGAGCUCCUCACUGCUCCUCACUGCUCCUCCUUCACUCAGGAGACAUCUCCCACCUUCGUCAUUGUUCCUGCUUCCUCAGAUUCAUGCUGUGGAUGUUUGGUUCUCCUCCAAACACACGGAGCUAACGGCACCUCCUCCGUACGGCACCUCCUCCAUACGGCACCUCCUCCGUACGGCACCUCCUCCGUACGGCACCUCCUCUGUACGGCACCUCCUCCAUACAGCACCUCCUCCGUACGGCACCUCCUCCCUCUGGUUCUCCUCUGGCUCCCCGGAGGCUCAAACGUCGGGUUCUGGCGCUCCUUUUCAAAGACAUAAAGGUGAAAGGUCAGAACGUCUGGGAUCAGUUUGCUAGUUUUUAUUUUCUUUAAUCUUUUGGAAGAAAUGUAGGUAUUUAUGUAAAAUAACUGGACAAAGUAUUCUAUGCAUCCUCCGUGUACAUAGCGAUGACAUGAAUAAUGACGUGUGGACUGUUUGUUUCCGUUUGUUUUCUCCUCUCGACAGAUUUACCUCACCUUCCUCCUAUGUAGCACUUCUUAGAUCUAUUUUUUCAGUUUUUCAGGAUCAAAUGCACUAAAUGUAUGUUUGUACUUCCUAUGUUCAACUUUAGGAAAAUGUCAAAAUAAAAGUUUUCAUCAGUUGAAACUCUG